AUGGUGUCGCUGCUCUGCUGCGGGCCCAAAAUGGCCGCGUGUGUCACUCUCGUGUCGCGGUUCCCGCCGCUGACGUGUCGCCAGGUGUGUCGCCAGGUGUGUCGCCAGGUGUGGCCCCUCCCCCUUUCUGCUCCUGCCGGGCAAGGGUCACCCGCCCCUCCCCCAUUGGCUGGCGCAGAUAUUGUCCCUGUCACCGCUGGCUCCCGCCCCAGUUGGGGACAGAACGUGGCCAUGGCGGGGGGGACACCGGGGAGGGUCCUGGUGGCCUUCACCUGCGCCAUCACAGCCGCCAUCAUGGGGACAACCAGAGCACAGGGGACCUCCAGGGAGCCCCUGGACAUCAUGGGGACCACCACGGACAUUGUGGGGGCCACCAUGGCCACCACCCCAACCACCACAGACAUCAUGGAGACCACCCCGACCAUCACGGGGACCACCACGGACAUCACGGGGACCACCAUGGACAUCACAGGGACCUCCAUGGACACCACCCCAACCACCAUGGACAUCACGGGGACCACCACGGACAUCAUGGGGACCACCCUGACCAUCACAGGGACCACCAUGGACACCACAGGGACCACCACGGACAUCACGGGGACCACCACAGACAUCACAGGGACCACCAUGGACACCACAGGGACCACCACGGACAUCACGGGGACCACCAUGGACAUCACAGGGACCACCAUGGACAUCACGGGGACCACCAUGGACAUCACAGGGACCACCAUGGACACCACCCCAACCACCAUGAGGGACAUCACGGGGACCACCACGGACAUCAUGGAGACCACCCCGACCAUCAUGGGGACCACCCCGACGAUCACAGGGACCACCAUGGACACCACAGGGACCACCACGGACAUCACGGGGACCACCGUGGACAACACCUCGACCACCAUGGACAUUACAGGGACCACCCCGACCACCACAGAGAUCUCCACGAUCAUCACAGGGACCACCAUGGACACCACAGGGACCACCGUGGACACCACAGGGACCACCAUGGACACCACAGGGACCACCAUGGACACCACAGAGACCACCCCGAGCACCACAGAGAUCUCCACAAUCAUCACAGGGACCACCGUGGACACCACCCCAACCACCAUGGACACCACGGGGACCACCAUGGAUGUCACAGGGACCACCCCGAGCACCACAGACAUCUCCAUGACCAUCACAGGGACCACCAUGGACAUCACAGGGACCACCAUGGACAUUACAGGGACCACCCCGAGCACCACAGAGAUCUCCACAAUCAUCACAGGGACCACCACAGACAUCACGGGGACCACCAUGGACACCAUAGGGACUUCCCUGACCACCUCAGACACCUCCACCACCAUCACGGAGACCACCACAGACAUCACAGGGACCACCCCGAGUACCACAGAGAUCUCCACGACCAUCACAGGGAGCACCAUGGACAUCACAGGGACCACCAUGGACACCACAGGGACCACCCCAAGCACCACAGUGAUCUCCACGACCAUCACAGAGACCACCAUGGACACCACAGGGAUGACCACAGACAUCACGGGGACCACCAUGGACAUCACAGGGACCACCCUGACCACCUCAGAGACCCCCACGACCAUCACAGGGACCACCAUGGACACCACCCCGACCACCAUGGACACGACAGGGACCACCAUGGACAUCACGGGGACCACCCCGACCACCUCAGAGAUCUCCACGAUCAUCACAGGGACCACCACAGACAUCACAGGGACCACCACAGACAUCACAGGGACCACCCCGAGCACCACAGAGAUCUCCAUGACUAUCACAGGGACCACCACGGACAUCACAGGGACCACUGUGGACAUCACAGGGACCAGCAUGGACACGACAGGGACUUCCCUGACCACCUCAGAGACCUCCACCACCAUCACGGGGACCACCCUGAGCACCACAGGGACCACCAUGGACAUCACGGGGACCACCAUGGAUGUCACAGGGACCACCCCGAGCACCACAGACAUCUCCAUGACCAUCACCCCAACCACCAUGGACAUCACGGGGACCACCACGGACAUCACGGGGACCACCAUGGACACCACAAGAACUUCCCUGACCACUUCAGAGACCUCCACGACCCCCACAGGGACCACCAUGGACACCAUGGGGACCACCCCGACCAUCCCAGGGACCACCCUGAGCACCACAGAGAUCUCCAUGACUAUCACAGCGACCACCACGGACAUCACAGGGACCACUGUGGACAUCAUGGGGACCACCAUGGACAUCACGGGGACCACCAUGGACACCACAGGGACUUCCCUGACCACCUCAGAGACCUCCACCACCAUCACGGGGACCAGCCUGAGCACCACAGAGAUCUCCACGACCAUCACAGGGACCACCAUGGACACCACAGGGACCACCAUGGACAUCACAGGGACCACCAUGGACAUCAUGGCGACCACCACAGACAUCACAGGGACCACCACGGACAUCACAGGGACCACCCUGACCACCUCAGAGACCUCCACGACCACCACACGGACCACCACAGACAUCACGGGGACCACCAUGGACACCACAGGGACCACCCCGACCACCUCAGAGAUCUCCACGAUCAUCACAGGGACCACCAUGGACACCACCCCGACCACCAUGGACAUCACAGGGACCACCAUGGACACCACAGGGACCACCUCGACCAUCACAGGGACCACCCCGACCCCCACAGAGAUCUCCACGACCAUCACAGGGACCACCAUGGACACCACAGGGACCACCAUGGGCACGACAGGGACCACCACGGACAUAACAGGGACCACCACGGACAUAACAGGGACCACCAUGGACAGCACAGGUACCACCACAGACAUCACAGGGACCACCAUGGACACCACAGGGACCACCAUGGACACCACAGGGACCACCAUGGACAGCACGGGGACCUUCACAACCACCACAGAGACCUCCACGACCAUCACAGGGACCUCCAGUGAGCCCAUGGACACCACAGGGACCACCACGGUCACCACAGAGACCUCCACGACCACCACAGAGACCUCCCUGACCACCACAGAGACCUCCCUGGCCACCACAGAGACCUCCCUGGCCACCACAGAGACCACCCUGUCCACCUCAGAGAGCUCCACGAUGAUCACAGAGAACUCUACAACCAUCCCAGAGACCACCUCAACCCCUACAGGGACCUCCUUGAGCACCACAGAGACCUCCACGAUCACCUUGGGGACCACUGUGACCACCACAGAGACCUCCACAACCACCCCAGAGAUGGCAUCAACCACCUCAGAGACCUCCACCACCAUCCCUGAGACCACUGUGACCACCACAGAGACCUCCACGACCACAUCAGGGACCACAGGGACCACCACAGAGAUCUCCACAGCCACCCCAGAGAUGACACCAACCACCUCAGAGACCUCCCCGACCACCUCAGGGACCACCCUGUCCACCUCAGAGAGCUCCACGAUGAUCACAGAGAUCUCCACAACCAUCCCAGAGACCACCUCAACCCCCACAGGGACCUCCUCGAGCACCACAGAGACCUCCACGACCACCACAGGGACCACAGGGACCACCACAGAGAUCUCCACGACCACCCCAGAGAUGACAUCAACCACCCCAGAGACCUCCACCACCAUCCCAGAGACCACCCCAACUACCUCAGGGACCUCCACGAGCACCACAGAGACCUCCACAAUGAUCACAGAGACCUCCACGACCACCACAGGGACACCCACAACCACACCGGUGACCUCCCCGACCAUCACAGGGUUCUCCACGACCACCCCAGAGAUGACACCAACCACUUCAGAGAGCUCCACGACCAUCCCAGAGACCACCUCAACCACCACAGGGACCACCACAACCCCCAUAGGGACCACCCUGAGCACCACAGAGACCUCCAUGAUCACCAUGGGGACCUCCACAACCACCCCAGAGACCUCUACGCCCACCCCUGGGACCACCCUGUCCACCUCAGAGACCUCCACGAUGAUCACAGAGAUCUCCAUGACCACCACAGAGACCACAGGGACCUUCACAACCAGCCCAGAGAUGACACCAACCACCUCAGAGACCUCCACCACCAUCCCAGACACCACCAUGACCACCCCUGGGACCUCCACGACCACCACAGAGACCACCCUGACCACCUCAGAGAUCUCCAUUACCACCUCAGGGACCACAGGGACCUCCACAGGGUCCUCCACAACCACCUCAGAGAUGACACCAACCACCUCAGAGACCUCCACCACCAUCCCAGAGACCACCAUGACCACCCCAGAGGCCACCCCGACCACCUCAGAGAGCUCCACAGCCAUCACUGAGACCACCAUGACCGCCACAGGGUCUUCCAUGACCUCCUCAGGGACCUCCACAACCACCCCAGCGACCUCCACGACCUCAGGGACCACCACAACCAUCUCAGGGACCACAACGAGCACCUCAGAGGCCACUCCUACCACCGCAGGGACCUCCACAACCAACACAGAGACCACCCUGGCAACCUCUGGCACCACCACGACCAUCCCAGAGGACACCACGACCACCUCAGGGACCUCCAUGACCUCAGGGACCAUCACAACCACCCCAGAGGUCACUCCAACCACCUCAGUGACCUCCACAACCAUCCCAGGGACCUCCACAACCUCCUCAGGCUCCACCACAACCACCACAGGGACCACCCUGACCACCUCUGGGACCGCCACAUCCACCCCAGUGACCUCCACGACCUCAGAGACCACCAUGACCACCCCAGAGACCACCACGACCACCCCAGAGACCCCCACGACCACCUCUGGGAUCUCCACAACCUCAGAGACCACCAUGACCACCUCUGGGAUCUCCACAACCUCAGAGACCACCAUGACCACCCCAGAGACCACCACGACCACCCCAGAGACCCCCACGACCACCUCUGGGAUCUCCACAACCUCAGAGACCACCAUGACCACCCCAGAGACCACCACGACCACCCCAGAGACCCCCACGACCACCUCUGGGAUCUCCACAACCUCAGAGACCACCAUGACCACCUCUGGGACCUCCACGACCCCAGAGACCACCACAACCACCCCAGAGACCACCACGACCACCCCAGAGACCCCCAUGACCACCCCAGAGACCCCCACGACCACCUCUGGGAUCUCCACAACCUCAGAGACCACCAUGACCACCCCAGAGACCACCACGACCACCCCAGAGACCACCACGACCACCCCAGAGACCACCACGACCACCUCUGGGACCUCCACGGCCCCUCCAGAGACCUCCACGACCUCUUCAUGGACCACUCCAACCACACCAGUGACCUCCACAACCACCCCAGACACCCCCACGACCACCCCGGUGACCACCAUGACCACCUCUGGGACCUCCACGACCACCCCAGUGUCCUCCACCACCACCUCAGGCACCUCCACGACCUCCUCAGGGACCACCUCAACCCCCUCAGGGACACCCACGACCACACCAGUGACCACCCUGACCACCUCAGAGACCUCCACGACCACCUCAGAGACCUCCACAACCUCAGUGACCUCCACGACCACCCCUAAGACCACCCCAACCACCUUGGGGACACCCACCACCACACCAGUGACCACCACCACCUCCUCAGAGACCACCACGACCACCCCAGAGACCCCCACGACCACCCCAGUGGCCUCCACGACCACCCCGGUGACCACCAUGACCACCUCUGGGACCUCCAUGACCACCCCAGUGUCCUCCACCACCACCUCAGGCACCACCACAACCAUCCCAGAGACCACCCCAACCACCUCAUGGACCACCACGGUCACCCCAGAGACCUCCACAACCACCUCAGAGACCACCACGACCAUCCCAGAGACCACCCCAACCACCUCAUUGACCUCCACAGUCACCCCAGAGACCUCCACGACCACCUCAGGGGCCACCUCCACCACCUCAGGCUCCACCACGACCCCCUCUGGGACCUCCAUGACCUCAGUGACCUCCACGACCACUCCUAAGACCACCCCAACCAUCUCAGAGACGUCCACCACCACCCCAGAGACCACCCCAACCACCUCGGAGACCUCCACGACCAUACCAGCCAUCCCCACGACCACCUCAGGGAGCUCCACGACCUCAGUGACCACCACAACCACCUCGGGGACCACCCCAACCAUCUCAGGGCCCACCACGACCACACCAGAGGCCACUCCAAGCACCUCAGGCACCUCCACAACCACCCCUGAGAUGACACCAAUCACCUCGGAGACCACCACAACCAUCCCAGAGACCACCUCUACCCCCACUGGGACCUCCACGACCACCUUGGGGACCCCCACAACCACACCGGUGACCUCCCCCACCAUCACAGGGUCCUCCACAACCACCCCAGAGAUGACACCAACCACCUCAGAGAUCACCUCAACCACCUCAGGGACCACCCCAACCCCCACAGAGACCUCCCUGAGCACCACAGAGACCACCCUGUCCACCUCAGAGACCUCCACGAUGAUCACAGAGAUGUCCAUGACCACCACAGAGACCACAGGGACCUUCACAACCAGCCCAGAGAUGACACCAACCACCUCAGAGACCUCCACCACCAUCCCAGACACCACCAUGACCACCCCUGGGACCUCCACGACCACCACAGAGACCACCCUGACCACCUCAGAGAUCUCCAGGACCACCUCAGGGACCACAGGGACCUCCACAGGGUCCUCCACAACCACCUCAGAGAUGACACCAACCACCUCAGAGACCUCCACCAUCAUCCCAGAGACCACCAUGACCACCCCAGAGGCCACCCCGACCACCUCAGGGGCACCCACAACCAUCGCUGAGACCACCAUGACCACCACAGGGUCUUCCAUGACCUCCUCAGGGACCUCCACAACCACCACAGCGACCUCCACGACCUCAGGGACAACCACAACCAUCUCAGGAACCACAACGAUCACCUCAGAGGCCACUCCCACCACCGCAGGGACCUCCACAACCAACACAGAGACCACCCUGGCAACCUCUGGCACCACCACGACCAUCCCAGAGGACACCACGACCACCUCAGGGACCUCCAUGACCUCAGGGACCAUCACAACCACCCCAGAGGUCACUCCAACCACCUCAGUGACCUCCACAACCAUCCCAGGGACCUCCACAACCUCCUCAGGCUCCACCACAACCACCACAGGGACCACCCUGACCACCUCCGGGACCGCCACAUCCACCCCAGUGACCUCCACGACCUCAGAGACCACCACGACCACCCCAGAGACCCCCACGACCACCCCAGAGACCCCCAUGACCACCCCAGAGACCACCACGACCACCCCAGAGACCACCACGACCACCUCUAGGAUCUCCACAACCUCAGAGACCACCAUGACCACCCCAGAGACCACCACGACCACCCCAGAGACCACCACGACCACCUCUGGGACCUCCACGGCCCCUCCAGAGACCUCCACGACCUCUUCAUGGACCACUCCAACCACACCAGUGACCUCCACAACCACCCCAGACACCCCCACGACCACCCCGGUGACCACCAUGACCACCUCUGGGACCUCCACGACCACCCCAGUGUCCUCCACCACCACCUCAGGCACCACCACGACCUCCUCAGGGACCACCUCAACCCCCUCAGGGACACCCACGACCACACCAGUGACCACCCUGACCACCUCAGAGACCUCCACGACCACCUCAGAGACCUCCACAACCUCAGUGACCUCCACGACCACCCCUAAGACCACCCCAACCACCUUGGGGACAUCCACCACCACACCAGUGACCACCACCACCUCCUCAGAGACCACCACGACCACCCCAGAGACCCCCACGACCACCCCAGUGGCCUCCACGACCUCAGGGACCACCACAACCACCCCAGAGACCCUCACAACCACCGCAGGUACCUCCAUGGCCACCUCUGGGACCUCCACGACCAUCCCAGUGUCCUCCACCACCACCUCAGGCACCACCACGACCACUCCGGAGGCCACUCCAACCACCUCAUGGACCACCACGGUCACCCCAGAGACCUCCACGACCUCCUCAGGGACCACCUCAACCCCCUCAGGGACACCCACGACCACCCCGGUGACCACCCUGACCACCUCAGAGACCUCCACCACCUCCUCAGUGACCACCACGACCAUCCCAGAGACCACCCCAACCACCUCAUGGACCCCCACAGUCACCCCAGAGACCUCCACGACCACCUCAGGGGCCACCUCCACCACCUCAGGCUCCACCACGACCCCCUCUGGGACCUCCAUGACCUCAGUGACCUCCACGACCACUCCUAAGACCACCCCAACCACCUCGGAGACCUCCACCACCACCCCAGAGACCACCCCAACCACCUCAGGGACCUCCACGACCAUACCAGCCAUCCCCACGACCACCUCAGGGAGCUCCACGACCUCAGUGACCACCACAACCACCUCGGGGACCACCCCAACCAUCUCAGGGCCCACCACGACCCCUCCAGAGGCCACUCCAACCACCUCAGGCACCUCCACAACCACCCUGAAGACCACCCCAACCUCCUCAGGGUCCUCCACAACCACCUCAUGGACCACUAUGACCUCAGGGACUGCCACAACCACAUCAGAGACCACCACGACCACCCCAGAGGUCACUCCAACCACCCCAGGGACCACCACGACCACCCCAGGGACCUCCACGACCACACCAGAGACCUCCAUGACCACCACGGUGACCACCCCGCCCACCUCAGAGUCCACCACAAUCUCAGUGACCACCACGACCACUCCUAAGACCACCCCAAGCACCUCAUGGGCCACCACGACCACCCCAGAGACCACCACGGUCCCCCCAGAGACCACCACCACCUCCUCUGGCUCCACCACGACCACGUCAGCGAGCUCCACGACCUCAGUGACCACCACAACCUCCUCAGUGACCUCCACCACCACACCAGAGACAACCACGACCUCAGUGACCACCACGACCACCCCAGAGGUCACCCCAACCACCUCAGUGUCCACCACGAACACCCCAGGGACCACCACGGUCACCCUAGAGACCACCACCACCUCCUCUGGCUCCACCACGACCACAUCAGGGAGCUCCACGACCUCAGUGACCACCACAACCUCCUCAGUGACCUCCACGACCACACCAGGGACCACCACGACCUCAGGGUCCACCACGACUACCACCAUGACCUCCUCAGGCUCCACUACAACCACGUCAGGGAGCUCCACGACCUUUCCAGAGACCACCACGGUCACCCUAGAGACCACCACCACCUCCUCAGGCUCCACCACGACCCCAUCAGGGAGGUCCACCACCCCAGUGACCUCCACCACCACACCAGGGACCACCACGACCUCAGGGACCACCACAACCUCCUCACACCUCAGUGACCACCACGACUGUCCCAUGGACCUCCACGGCUUCAGGGAUCACCACAACCACAUCAGAGACCACCACGACCACCCCAGUGACCACCCCAACCACCCCAGGGACCACCACGACCUUCCCAGAGACCACCACCACCUCCUCAGUGACCACCCCAACCACCCCAUGGACCUCAACAACCACCUCAUGGAGCACCACGACCACCCCACAGGUCACUCCAACCACCUCAGUGACCACCACGACCAUCCCAGAGACCACCUCAACAACCUCAGGGACCACCACGACUGCCCCAUGGACCACCACGACCUCAGUGACCACCACGACCACACCAGAAACCCCUCCAAGCACCUCAGAGACCACCACAACCAUCUCAGGGUCCACCACGACCAUUUCAGAGACCACCCCAACAACCUCAGGGACCACCACGACUGUCCCAUGGACUUCCACGACCUCAGUGACCACCACAACCACAUCAGAGACCACCAAGACCACCCCAGAGUCCACUCCAACCACCCCAGAGACCACCACGACCUUCCCAGAGACCACCACCACCUCCUCAGGGUCCAUCACGACCUCGUCAGCGAGCUCCACGACCUCGGUGACCACCACAACCUCCUCAGGGACCUCCAUGACCACCUCAGGGUCCUCCACGACCCCCUCAUGGACCACCAUGACCUCAGGGACUGCCACGACCUCAUCAGAGACCACCACGACCACCCCAGAGACCACUCCAACCACCCCAGGGACCACCCCAACCACCCCAGGGACCUCCACGACCUUCCCAGAGACCUCCACAACCUCAGUGACCUCCACGACCACCCCAGAGACCACUCCAACCACACCAGAGACCUCCAUGACCACCACGGGACCUCCACAACCACCUCAGUGUCCACCACGACCACCUCAGAGACCACCACGGUCACCCCAGAGACCACCACGGUCACGCCAGAGACCACCACCACCUCCUCAGGCUCCACCAUGACCACGUCAGGGAGCUCCACGACCUCAGUGACCACCACAACCUCCUCAGUGACCUCCACCACCACACCAGAGACAACCACGACCUCAGUGACCACCACGACCACCCCAGAGACCAUCCCAACCACCUCGGGGACACCCACCACCAUCCCAGUGACCACCACGACCACCCCAGAGACCUCCAUGACCUCAGGGACCACCACGACAACCUCAGGGACCUCCACAACCACAGAGACCUCCACAACCUCAGGGACCACCCCAGAGACCACCAUGACCACCUCAGUGACCACUCCAACCACCCCAGUGACCACCACGACCACCCCAGAGACCACCCCAACCAUCUCAGGGACCACCACCACCAUAGCAGAGACAACCACGACCACCUCAGAGACCUCCAUGACCACCCCAGAGACCCCUCCAAGCACCUCAGGGACCACCACGACCCCUCCAGAUGCCACUCCAAGCACCUCAGGCACCUCCACAACCACCCCGAAGACCACCCCAACCUCCUCAGAGACCACCACAACCACCCCAGGGUCCUCCACGACCCCCUCAUGGACCACCAUGACCUCAGGGACCUCCACGACCACAUCAGAGACCACCACGACCACCCCACAGGCCACUCCAACCACCCCAGAGACCACCACGACCACCCCAGAGGCCACCACCACCUCCUCAGGCUCUACCACAACCACACCAGGGAGCUCCACGACCUCAGUGACCACCACGACCAUCCCAGAGACCACCCCAACCACCUCAGGGACCACCACGACCCCAUGGACCUCCACGACCUCAGGGACCACCACAACCACAUCAGAGACCACCACGACCACCCCAGAGACCCCUCCAACCACCCCAGGGACCACCACGACCUUCCCAGAGACCACCAUGACCUCCUCAGGCUCCACCACGACCACGUCAGAGACCCCAACCACCUCAGUGACCUCCACGACCUCAGGCACCACCACAACCACCUCGGGGACCACCCCAACCAUCUCAUGGACCACCACAACUACCUCAGUGACCUCCACCACCACCCCAGAGACCACCACGGCCUUGGUGACCACCACGACCACACCAGUGACCACUCCAACCACCCCAGGGACCACCACGACCUUCCCAGAGACCUCCAUCACCUCCUUAGGCUCCACCACGACCCCAUCAGGGAGCUCCACGACCUCAGUGACCACCCCAACCUCCUCAGUGACCUCCACCACCACCCCAGAGACCCCUCCAAGCACCUCAGUGACCACCACGACCAUCCCAGUGGCCACUACGACCUUCCCAGAGACCACCACGGUCACCCCAGAGACCACCACCACCUCCUCAGGGACCUCCACAACCACACCAGGGACCUCCACGACCUCAGUGACCACCACGACCAUCCCAGUGACCACUCCAACCACCCCAGUGACCUCCACGACCUUCCCAGAGACCUCCACGACCUCCUCAGGCUCCACCAUGACCACGUCAGAGACCCCAACCACCUCAGUGACCUCCACGACCACACCAGAGACCCCUCCAAGCACCUCAGAGACCACCACGACCACCUCGGGGACCACCCCAACAACCUCAGGGACCACCACAACCUUCCCAGAGACCACCACAACCACCCCAUGGACCUCCACGAUCUCAGGGACUGCCACCACCAUAUCAGAGACCACCACGACCACCCCAGUGACCACUCCAACCACCCCAGGGACCACCACGGUCACCCCAGAGACCUCCACCACCUCCUCAGGCUCCACCACGACCUCGUCAGGGAGCUUCAUGACCUCGGUGACCACCACCACCACACCAGAGACCCCUCCAAGCACCUCAGUGACCACCCCGACCAUCCCAGAGACCACCCCAACAACCUCCGGGACAACCACGACUGUCCCAUGGACCUCCACGACCUCAGAGACCACCACAACCUCCUCAGUGACCUCCAUGACCAUCCCAGAGACCACCACGGUCACCCCAGAGACCACCACCACCUCCUCAGGGACCUCCACAACCACACCAGGGAGCUCCACGACCUCAGUGACCACCACGACCAUCCCAGAGACCACCCCAACAACCUCAGGGACCACCACGACUGUCCCAUGGACCUCCACGACCUCAGGGACCACCACAACCACAUCAGAGACCACCACGACCACCCCAGUGACCCCUCCAACCACCCCAGGGACCACCACGACCUUCCCAGAGACCACCACCACCUCCUCAGGCUCCACCAUGACCACGUCAGAGACUCCAACCACCUCAACCACCACCACCUCCUCAGGCUCCACCACGACCACACCAGGGAGCUCCACGACCUCAGUGACCAUCACGACCAUCCCAGAGACCACCCCAACAACCUCAGGGACCACCACGACUGUCCCAUGGACCUCCACGACUUCAGGGACCACCACAACCACAUCAGAGACCACCAUGACCAUCCCAGAGACCACCACCACCUCCUCUGGCUUCACCACGACCCCAUCAGUGAGCUCCACGGCCUCAGUGACCACCACAACCUCCUCAGAGGCCUCCACCACCUCCUCAGGCUCCACCACGACCACGUCAGAGUCCUCAACGACCUCAUGGACCACCACAGCCACCCCUAAGACGACCCCAACCAUCUCAGGGACCUCCAUGACCUCAGUGACCACCACAACCACCUCAGUGACAUCCGCGACCACCCCAGAGACCUCCACGACCUCCUCAGGCUCCACCACAACCACAUCUGGGACCUCAGCAACCUCAUGGACCACCACAGCCACCCCUAAGACCACCCCAACCACCUCAGAGACCUCCAUGACCACAUCAGUGACCACCACAACCACCUCGGGGACCACCACGACCAUGAGCACUACCACCAUCCCAGUGAUCUCCACAACCACCACAGGGACCACCACGACCAUCCCAGAGACCACCCCAACCACCUCAGGGACCUCCAUGACCUCAGUGACCACCACAACCACCUCAGGGACAUCCGCGACCACACCAGAGACCUCCACGACCUCCUCAGGCUCCACCACAACCACAUCUGGGACCUCAGCGACCUCAUGGACCACCACAGCCACCCCUAAGACCACCCCAACCACCUCAGGGACCACCCCAACCUCCUCAGAGACCUCCACGACCUCAGUGACCACCCCAACCACCUCAGGGACCACCACGACCAUCUCAGGGACCUCCAUGACCACACUGAUGACCACCAUGACCACAUCCGAGACCUUUGCAACCACCUCGGGGUCCACCACAACCACCCCGGUGACCUCAGUGACUGCCACGACCACCCCUAAGACCACCACAACCAUCUCAGGGACACCCACGACCACACCAGUGACCACCACCACCACCUCAGGGACCACCAGCACCUCCUCAGGGUCCACCACGACAACCUCAGGGACCACCAGCACCUCCUCAGGGACCACCACAACCUCCUCAGUGACUGCCCCAACCAUCUCAGGGACAACCACGAGCACCCCAGGGACCACCAUGACCACCCCAGUGACCACCACGACCACCUCAGGGUCCAUCACCACCUCCUCAGGGUCCACCACAACCACCUCUAAGACCACCACAACCUCCUCAGUGACUGCCCCAACCACCUCAGGGACACCCACGACCACCUCAGUGUCCACCACGACCACCCAGAUGACCCCCACCACACCGAUGAUCACUUCAGGGACCUCCACGACCACCCAGAUGACCCCCACCACACCCACGACCACCCAAGUGACCUCCACGACCACCCAGAUGACCCCCACCACACCCACGACCACCCCAGAGACCACCACGACCACCCAGAUGAUCCCCACCACACCCACGACCACCCAAGUGACCUCCACGACCACCCAGAUGACCCCCACCACUCCCACAACCACCUCAGUGACCACCAUGACCACCCAGAUGACCCCCACCACACCCACGACCACCUUAGUGACCUCCAGGACCACCCAGAUGACCCCCACCACACCCACGACCACCCCAGAGACCUCCACGACCACCCAGAUGACCCUCACCACACCCACGACCACCUCAGUGACCACCACAACCACCUCAGGGACCACCACGACCACCCAGAUGACCCCCACCACACCCACGACCACCUUAGUGACCUCCAGGACCACCCAGAUGACCCCCACCACACCCACGACCACCCAAGUGACCUCCACGACCACCCAAGUGACCCCCACCACACCCACGACCACCACGACCACCCAGAUGACCCCCACCACACCCACGACCACCUCAGUGACCUCCACGACCACCCAGGUGACAUCAACCACCUCAACCCCCCCAACCACCUCGGCCACCUCCAUGACCACCUUGGUGACCUCCAUGGCGUCCACCAGCACCACCCCUUGGACCACCGCUGCUCCUCCUCUGCCAGGGCUGUGCGAGAACGGGGGCACGCCCGGUGGCUCCGGUUGUCUCUGCACGCCGUCCUACGCCGGGCCGCGCUGCGAGUUCUCCACCGACACCGUGGAGACCAACCUGCGUGAGUGA